AGCAGUGGCUGCUGCUCUCCGCGUCCCGCUGUCCGGCGCGACCUUACACACCGGCCUACGGCCUUAGACGCUGCCGGAGCUCGCGCUGCUGUCGGGACAGACACGGGCAGGAGGCGGAGGGUGAGCGCUGCAGGAGCCGCUGUACGCAGCAGGGCCGGGGACGCUGGCGCCUGCGCUCUCCGAAACAGCCACUGAGCGAGCCUCCAGCCUGACCCGCCACGGCCUGCCCGCGGGAGCCAAGUCUCCUGCCCGCCCGUUGUGUCCCGUUUAACUAAUGAUCUGAAUUGCUGCUUGUCUUAUAGACAUGAAUUACUCUCAUUUCAUCACUGCAGUAAGUGCAGCAAGAAAGGCAUCUCCAAUAAGACUUCUGACUGAAUUGAUGCAGAAGUCUCCCCCAUCACUAAUCUCCUUGGCUGGAGGGGCACCGAACCCCAACACUUUCCCAUUUAAGAUGGCCACUAUUACCACUGGAGAUGGAACUGCUGUGAAUAUUGGGGAGGAUUUGAUGAAGAGAGCGCUCCAGUACUCUGCCUCAGCAGGAAUUCCUGAGUUGUUGUCCUGGCUAAAGGAUUUACAGAAGAGUCUCCACAAUCCUCCCACUGCCAACUACAGUCCUGAUCAGGGCCAAAUGGAGAUAUGUGUCACCACCGGCAGCCAGGAAGGCUUGUCCAAAGUGUUUGAGAUGCUUAUUAACCCUGGAGACAACAUCCUUUUGGACGCACCUACCUAUCCUGGGACUCUAGCAGCUCUAAAACCUUUGGGCUGCAACAUAAUCAAUGUUCCCAGUGACCAAUACGGUAUUAUUCCAAAAGCCCUGAAAGAAAUUCUUUCCAGAUGGAGCCCAGAAGAUGUCAGAAAGCACAACAACAUUCCCAAAUUCCUGUACACCAUUCCAAAUGGUGGCAAUCCCACUGGAACCUCAUUGACUACUGACCGCAAAAAGGAGAUAUAUCAGCUUGCAAGACAGUAUAAUUUCCUUGUAAUAGAAGAUGAUCCUUAUUAUUUUCUUCAGUUUGAUAAGCCUUGGGCUCCAACCUUCCUCUCAAUGGACGUUGAUGGUCGAGUUAUCAGGACUGACUCUUUCUCUAAAAUUCUCUCCUCUGGGUUGAGAAUAGGCUUUUUAACUGGCCCCAAACCACUUAUUGACAGAGUUAUUCUGCAUAUACAAGUCUCAACAAUGCACACCAGCACUUUCACACAGCUUAUGAUUGCACAGCUUCUUCAGCAGUGGGGAGAAAAGGGUUUCCUGGAGCACGUAGACAGGGUUGUGGAGUUCUACAGGGUCCAGCGAGAUGCAAUGCUUGCUGCAGCAGACAAGUGGUUAAAAGGUCUGGCAGACUGGCAUGCUCCUGCUGCUGGCAUGUUUCUAUGGAUUAAAAUUAAGGGAGUUUCUGACACACAACAGCUGAUCAUGGAAAAAGCUUUGCAGAAAGAAGUAUUACUGGUUCCUGGGGGAGCAUUUAACAUUGAUAGCUCAGUUCCUAGUUCUUAUGUCAGAGCUUCUUUUUCUCUGUCUUCUCCAGCCCAGAUGGAUCAGGCUUUUCAGAGGCUGGCUGAGCUUAUAAAAGAAGCUGUAUGAAGAUCGCAAAUGAAAACCAUCUAGCAAAUUAAAAGUACCCUUCAAAAAAUCUGCACCUUUAUUAAAAGAGGAUUUCAUAAUGACAUUUAAGGAGCAAGCCACAAUACAGUGUAUAUUUCCUUGGUUGGUAUGAAUGCUUUGGGUAUUUAAAACAUGAAUAGAAGAUCGCCAAAAGACCUCAGAACAUGCCUUUUGAUAGGGAGUGCAGAAAGCUAUAGUUUAAUUAGAAAUUAUCUCGUUCAACCUAUUAACUCCUUUUUAUGACAGGCAAUAUCAUAUAAAAAGACUAUUAUUCCAAAUUGCAAUGCAGCUAUAGUAUAUGGUUAUGUGCACAGUAGCAAUAGUGUAGUUGAAGAAGAUAAUUCCAUGCUAAACCACCCUUCAUUUUCCCAUAACAUCCUCAAAAUUGUGCUGAAUCUUCUCACACCAGAACUUUUCCAAAAGUGAAUUUUAAAAGAAGGUUUGAACAAAUUCUAUUCAGUCAUUUUGAAUUAUUGGCGGAGGGAAUAGCUUUUCUACUUAGCAAAUAAA